GUCGGUUCCCUUCCCAGUUCCCAUUUCUUCUCCCAAAGAUGCCAUAAAAAACAAAGGGGCCUCUAAUUCUUUUUCACAACUGGAAAAGCCCCGAAUCUGAGGAAGGAGGGAGCCCAUGGCAAGCUACGGCGCCAUGCUCCGGCGCUCCGGCCUGGCGCGCGCCACCGAGGCGGUGGCGGAGCGCGCCCACGCCACCCGCAAGGCCAUCUCUCGCUUCGCCCGUCCCCGGGCCUUCGCCUGCCCCUCCGACGCCGAGGCCGCCGCCGUCCGCGCCGUCCGCAACGUCGCCUACUUCCGCCUCCACUACGCCCUCGUCCUCUGGGUCAUCCUCCUUGGCACCCUCGCCCCCUCACGCCGCGCCUCCAUGCUCUUCCUGAUGGCCACCUCUAAGGUCGCCCUCUUCUACGGCGGCCUCCUCCGUGCCUUCCCCAAUUCCACCCUCCUCCGCCGGAUCCUCGACCGCCGGCUCGUCCUCGCCCUCUUCCUCAGCGUUAUCGUCGUCGAGCUCGCCCUCAGCGACGCCAUCAAGCACCUCCUCCUCGCCCUUGCCAUCGGCGCCCCCCUCGUCUUGCUCCACGCCGUCUUUAGGGUUAGGGACGAUCUCGUCGCCGGCGAGGAGGCCUCGUCCUCCAGCGAGGCGGCGCCUCUCUCGGAGAAGAAGGAGAAGGAGGAGGCCGAUCUCGAAUCCGGAUCCAAGUGAUCGGCUCGGCGACACGGUUUUAGUUUGCAUGUAGAAAUACGUUCUUCCCCCCUUUCUUUUAUAAAUUUUGGGAUGGUUUUUAAUUUGAACGGAUCUAUGUAAUACUACUGGGGAGCGAAUACUUGAAAAGAGUUAUUGUUACUUGGGUAAAUUUUUUGACUAAAUGAUUUCUAUCUUCGAACUAAUUUACUAAUUGACGUCCAAACUUUGGAGCAA